AGACGUUGUGGCGCGGCACGAGUCGGGCUGGCCAGGCGACGGUGUCUUGAUGGCGUUUCCGCGUGUAGUGCGAGCUGCACCGGUGCCGGUGCCGGUGCCGGUACUGGUGUUGGUGCUGAUGGUGUCUCCAUUAACCACCGGCUUCAACGUGGACACGGCACAUCCGGUGAUCUUCCGCGGCCCGGUGACCGACCCGACCGGCCGGCAGACGCGCGCAGACACCUACUUCGGCUACUCAGUCAGCCUGGCUGGCGUCGGCAUGGGCGACGGUCCCUGGCUGCUCGCGGGCGCGCCGCGUGCCAACUCCACCCUGGGCCUGAACCCGCCGUCACGCGUCCUCGAGCCGGGCGCCGUGUUCAAGUGUCCGCUGCGUCGCGGCGCCGCCUGCCAGGAGGUGCUCGUCGAUCCGACCGGUAACGACGUUAACCGACAGCGGCUGUACACGGACCUGAAGGACCAGGGCUGGCUGGGAGGCGCCAUGGACGCCGAGCCAGGCGGCACCGGCAGGCUCGCCGUCAGCGGCUUCCGCUGGCGAAACAGGCACUAUUCCAACCAGUACCUGGGCAACGGAGUCUGCUACCUGGCUGAUGCUCCCGUUGGCGACAACACGUUUCAGAAGUUUGUCCCGCUGUACGAAACCACCAAACAGAGUUUCCAGCUGCCGGAUACCUACAAAUACCGCCACGUGUACUACUACUCGUACGGCCAGGCCGGCACAUCAGUGCACUUCCCCGACAACGGGCGCGAGCUGAUCCUCGGAGCGCCGGGCGUCUUCGACUGGACGGGCACCCUGAUCAGGUACAGCGCCUUCGAGGAGACGGAAGAAGGCGGCGGAAGACAGCGACGGAGGCGACAGGCCAAUGAUCUCAGCGAGCUCAUCAUUCCAAACCCAUUCGUGACUGAACAGUUCAACAGAUAUGAUUACCUAGGCUAUUCUGUUGGAUCUGGCAGGUUCUUCAGCUCAACAAAGUCGACUGUGUAUGUGGCCGGUGCGCCGCGGGCUGCGGAUGGAAAGGGCAGAGUGUUGCUGUUCGACUUCCCACGCAAUGUGUACGAGCCGUACGAAAUCAUGAUGACAUGGGAAGGAUCCACAGUCGGCGAGUACUUCGGCGCCGCGGUGUUAGCCGUGGACCUGAACGGAGACGGUCUGAGCGAUGUGGUUGUCGGAGCACCACAUUUCGGCGAGGGCAGCGCCUUUGAGCAUGGACGAAUCUACGUCUACAUCAACUCAGACCGCGCCCAGUUCAAGUCGGCUCGUACGACAGUGGGCCGCGGAGCGCUGCGCGCACGUUUCGGCAGUACUCUGGCUUCUUUGGGUGACAUCGACAACGACGGCUUCUUCGAUUUCGCCGUCGGUGCCCCUUACGAGGAGGACGGCCGGGGUGCCGUGUACGUGUUCCGGGGCGGACCGGGAGACUUUGUCACCACGGCCUCACAGCGGAUCGCCGCCAGCGAGCUCAACGCCGACCUGCGCGGCUUCGGCAUCAGCCUCUCGCGGGGCGUGGACGUGGACGGCAACCGGUACCCGGACGUGGCCGUGGGGUCUUACGCCAGCGGCGACGCUGUGCUGCUGCGCACCCGACCCGUGCUUCAGUUCGCCGCCACACUGUCCGCCCAGCCGGAGAAGCUGGAGGCGGACACCAGGGAGUUCGAGGUGCAGGCGUGUCUGACAUUUCACGGUCAAUACGUACCAUCCAUAGUUGCUGUCAACGUGACUUUGAAGGUGGAAUCUUUUCACGCUCAGAGCGUUUUGGUUGUGGAUGGACAGGACGAGUCCUCUACGUCACAAAGAUGGAAAGUGACGAAGGACAAUCAGAAAUGCCAGCAGUACACUGUCGCAAUCCGCAUGGAGGGAUCAUUGAUCGACUUCAAUAAGCCCAUCCAGCUGAGCAUGAGGUACAUGCUGAUGACAAGCGUCAGUAGUCGGUCAGGCGAACAAGCAGUGAUUAUAAACACGGACACUUCCAAGCGUUCGCCCGCAUCCACACCCAACAGAAGAGGGAAGAGGCAGGUGUCCUUUCCGUCCGACUUGGAGAGGAUUGACGACUUCUGCAGUUCUUGUCCCGUUCCAAACGUACACAUGGACAGCCAACAGCUGACCUUGCUGAGUGUUCCAUUUGCUGUCGGGUGUGGAGCAGAUUCAAUUUGUAACACAGACCUACGACUGGCGUACUCUUUCCUCUCUGCUACCAGCAACACCUACGUCAUCGGUUCCACGAAGACGCUGGAUCUGGAGCUCAAGUUGACGAACGGCGGCGAGCCGGCGUCGCUGCCCAGCCUGACGGUAAUGGUGCCGUCACCGGUCACCCUGAUGCGGAUACCGCCGUCAUGCCAAGAGCAAAGUUCCGGUCAGCUUUCGGUCAGCGUGACUUGUAUUGUGCAGCCACAUCCUUUCUAUGACACCUCGGAGUUUAGGCUGGUUCUCAGCCUUGACGUCACAGACGUUACCAGUCACCACAAUAGUCUGAAGUUCAAUGUAUCGGUCACGUCCACAGGUGUUGAAACUAAUCCACUCGAUAACAUCGCCAACAUCACACUGGCAUUGCGGAGUGAAGCAGACAUGGAAAUAGUCGGCAAAGCUGUGCAGGAUCAAGUAUUUUAUCACAAGGAGGAAGACCGAAAACCAGAAGAGAAAGAAGAGCCUUACUUCCUAAUUAUCAAUCACACUUACCAGAUCUUCAAAUACCUGCCGACGCCGGUGGAAGCUGCUGUCAUCUCCUUCCUCAUCCCUGUCGAUUUCGACAACGAUGGAGAUAGAGUCAGAUUCUUGGAAAUAUACCCACCUGCGGCACAAAUAGGAGGCCGGCCGUUCAGCUGCUCAUUGCAAAACAUGACCUUCUUUCGACCACUGAAACCGGAUGUGCAAGACCUUGAGCCAGGUCACAACGAAACGGUUUCACGCCGAAAACGUGAAGCAGACGUGUCCCUGGAGGAGCUCCGAGCCAACGGCACCCACCUGCUCAACUGUACGAGCGGCUCGCGCGUGCAGUGUGUGCGCAUGACGUGCCAGCUGGUGGCGUUUCCCGAUACGGCCACACGCGCCACCGUGCAGCUCAGCAUGCGGCUGGACGUGCGCGCGCUGCGCCCGCUGCUGGACGGCCGCAGCGCCGCCGCCCUGGUCACACACGGCUUCGUGCACAUCCGCAACAGCGCCGGCAUCGCGCCGGAGGUGAACCGGCGGCCGGACCGCGCUGCCGUCUCCACCGAGCUGCUGCCGUCGGCGCUCGAGCCGCAGCCGCUGGCCGUCUGGAUCAUCGUCCUCGCGGUGCUCGGAGCGCUGCUGCUGCUCGCCGUCAUCGUCUUCGUCAUGCACCGGGCCGGCUUCUUCAAGCGAACCAAGCGCGACCAGCUCCUGGAGGAGAAGGUGGUCGAGGAGUUCAAGCGGCUGAGCACCGUCGUGGAGUGAGGACGUGACGGCGCGGCACGGGGAGCGUGGGACGCCUUACAGCGAGCGGCGAGGUCGGGUGAUUGCGGGCGCGUCUGGCUGUGACGUCAAAGAACGAUGGGCAAUGCGCAUUCCGCGAGAGCGUAGACCUCUGUAUACCACGUAGACCUCAAAGACUUUGGUAUUCAGAGCUUUAAGUCGAGUGUGAUAUUGCACCUGUGCUUAUAAGAUGUGUCUGCCGAUGUGCUCUUAUUGUUCCAGGCCUGGGAAUCUGUGUGGCGCCCGAUCGACUAUAAUGUAAGUCAUUCAUUUAAAUUGCUUCAUCUUACCAUAUUCCUUUAUAAUUUUAUCUCAGUUCUUAUCUAAUGUUUAACAGUUGUUCGCAAAUUGUCGCUAAACGUGCAUGAAUGUUUCUUUUCUCAAUUGCUUUUUUACUUUUCCAAUAAAAUGUUAAAAUGAA